AUGCGAAAAGAGGGUUCUCUUCCACCUGUAUUGUCACUCCUAGUCGUCCUUCCAGACGUUGUACACGUUGGAAAAAGCAUUAAGUGUAGCUGGGCGAAUUGGUAUAUUUUACUAAAUGAGCAGAGAAGCAACUUGGUCCUCCUUCGAACUUUACGUGAUUGCAAGAAGUCUGAGGUUGGAAAGAAAUUGAGAAAGCUUCUUACACUGGAAUCUGUCCGGAAUAAGGACAGGAUGGAUGUUAGUUGUAUUGUAUUGCUUACACGGUCUGAUGUAAUCAAAGCUAUCGAAGAUGUUCAGUUUGUAGUCCACACAUUGGCACCGGAGAAGUACCGCUUUUGGAAGAGUAACAUGCCCAGAAUGUAUCCACAUCCAGUCGCCAUUACAGUUGGUCCCUGUGGGAAGCUUCUGGUAUUAGACUAUGACCCGGAAAAGAAAUUGUCCAAGUUGCUGCUCCUACGACUACACAACCCUGUCGAUGUCACAGUGCUUGUAUCAAACCUUGUUGAGGGGAGAAGCGUCAGUUUCUCUGAAGGAGUAGCAUAUAUUGCAGAAAGAGGUGCUCAAAGAGUGAGAUUUGUUGAUAUGGAAAAUGUUGUAGUCCUCAAAGUCAGUGCAUUGCGAUCUAAGGCGCAGAUGGUGGAACAUCUCAAAAAACGUUCCCUUCCGAUAGUUGGGACACUUCCAGAGUUGAGGAAGAGGCUGGAAUUACAUUUGAAGAAUAUAUCCAAACAUCUUAAGAUGAAAUGUGUUGUCAACUUGGAGACCAAGCUACACAAACCUUCAGCACUUUGCUUUGCAACACCUGGUAUCCUUGUUUGUGCCGAUGAUUGCUCUAAAAAAUACUCCAGAUAGAAUUAUCUCGAGAUGGUAUUACAGUGAAUGGAAAAGUAUUUCAAGAAACACAGUAUCCACCUGCCGUAAUUGCCAUCAGGGCACUCACACAUAUUAAUGGUAAUGUGUACUUCGCUGGCAGCAUAGAUAAGGCUAUCGACCCUGAUGGUGACGCUGAUGGAGGAAUAUUCAAACUCGACCUUGUCAGUCUCUGUGUCACGAAAGUAAUAGAGGUACAUUCCUUUUGUGGAAUAUCAGCGUAUGGCAACAACCUAAUUUUCAACGACCAGAACCAGGUUAAGAUGUUUAAUCCUGUGGACGGAGUCGAGUCAGUAGUGGCUGGUUCAGGACGGUGUGGAAACGAAGAUGGACCCGCAGACUACGCAUCAUUUACGCAACUACAGGGAAUCUGCUCCGAGAGUAACACGAUGUAUAUUACUGAUUCCGCUACAGGCUGUAUCAAGAUGAUCACAAGGCUGUCAGGGACUGCUGAGUUUUUGAAACAACUUGGUAGGUUGUACGAUUCAUUUGAAAUCCAUGCUCGGGUCGCUAGUGCCAGACAAUCUACCACUAUUAGUAUCUCCGAUGCUACUUCUAGCGUUGCCGAAGUGGCUGCUUUCAUGGAAGAAUCAGUAAAAAAGGUCAAAGUCAAUCAUGAUCUUGCAAACAAAUCAACCAACGGACCUGAAGGAACCAUAUCCAAUCAGACUCAGGAAUCGAUAAAGUUGCUCGUGGAAGGAAUGGAAGCUUUAAACAGAAUCUUUAAAGACUUUCCAAACUAUGAACUAGAUAUAUCAACACUUCUCUCCACUGUGGUGGAGAAUCUUCAUGCCGUAUCACAUUUCAAAAGUGAUACAUUCAGCUACCUGAAAUACGCCAUGGACUUCGGGUCUAUUGUUAAAGAAUCAUUGAAAAGAACUACCAAUUGGUCUGCAAAGUACUUCACCCAUCCACGCUCUUACUACCCUGUUCCAGUCAACCACAUGAAGUUGUCUGAUGCUGUUUACAUGACACCUUUGCCUUCGAUAACGAUGUCUCAAGAAGACCAACAGCUUAUGAGAGAUUGGUUGGAACCGUAUCGACCUGUGCGCCAACGCACAGUAAGAAGCGAAACUACAAAAGAUAAAGCCGGUGCUCUUCCACCUAACGUGUAUGUGAACGCAUCCACUGCAUUUCAAACAGUUGAUUUUGAUACUGACGCUGAUUGUGGAAUGUCGGUAGAGGCUGACCUCGCAGACAUCAGAAGUGGAUUGCAGGAAACAGAAUCAAUGCAAGCUAAUGAACAAUGCGAGGAAGUUAACCCCGAAGAUCGGCCUACAAGAGAUACUACAGCUAUACCCCCAACAACCUCAACACAAGUGGCCCAAAUGCCGGGGGAAGCCAAACAGAAGUCGACCAAACAGAAGUCGAUGGGGCGGGUCUUGAUUCAGAUGAACUUGCACUUAUUCGUGUUCAGUCAAGAAGAACCUCUCGAUCAGGACGAACACUACGAGCAGCAGUUAGAUUAG